UGGCAUCCUCCAAACUUUAUCAACGCCGGCAGGAUCGGCUGAGUGGCACAGGGUCACUCCUGAGCAACAGGACAGAGACAGCAGCUGGGAUACACGGUAAUAUGUCUGAUGCUCUCGCAAAUGCAGUAUGUGAACGCUGCCAGACCCGAUUUGAUCCUGCAGAGAGGAUUGUGAACAGCAAUGGGGAGCUCUAUCAUGAAAACUGCUUUGUCUGUGCUCAGUGUUUUCGUCAGUUCCCAGAUGGACUUUUUUAUGAGUUUGAAGGUCGGAAGUACUGUGAGCAUGACUUUCAGAUGCUGUUUGCUCCUUGCUGUGGGGAAUGUGGUGAGUUCAUUAUUGGGCGUGUUAUCAAGGCAAUGAACAAUAACUGGCACCCAGAGUGUUUCCGCUGUGAGCUCUGCGAUGUCACACUUGCUGACCUGGGUUUUGUGAAGAAUGCUGGCAGGCAUCUGUGCAGGCCGUGCCAUAACCGUGAAAAAGCUAAGGGCCUGGGCAAGUACAUCUGCCAGAAGUGCCACUUGAUAAUUGAUGAGCAGCCUCUGAUGUUUAGGAAUGAUUCCUACCAUCCAGAUCACUUCAACUGCACCCACUGUGGAAAGGAGCUGACUGCUGAGGCCCGGGAACUGAAGGGAGAACUGUACUGCCUGCCCUGCCACGACAAGAUGGGAAUCCCCAUCUGUGGAGCCUGCCGCAGGCCCAUUGAGGGACGAGUGGUCAAUGCUCUGGGAAAGCAAUGGCAUGUUGAGCAUUUUGUUUGUGCCAAAUGUGAGAAGCCAUUCUUGGGACACCGACACUAUGAGAAAAAAGGACUGGCUUAUUGUGAAACUCACUAUAACCAGCUCUUUGGAGAUGUCUGCUACAACUGCAGCCAUGUGAUAGAGGGAGAUGUGGUAUCAGCUCUUAACAAGGCCUGGUGUGUGAAUUGCUUCUCCUGCUCCACCUGCAACAUCAAGCUUACACUGAAGAAUAAGUUUGUGGAGUUUGACAUGAAGCCUGUAUGCAAGAAGUGCUAUGAGAAAUUCCCUCUGGAGCUGAAGAAACGCCUGAAGAAGUUGUCAGAGCUGGCAUCCAAGAAGGCACAUCCCAAAGCUCUGGAUUUAAACUCUGCCUGAACAAGUCUGUCAGUCUGCUGACUGCACUCUUACAGUCAUAAACUGCUGCUCACAGCAGCUGUUGGUUACAGAGGCAGUUACUAUGAACAGGAGAAACCAAAGAUCAGUAGUACCUUCCCCUGCUUUUGGCAAUGUAGCUUGCAUCUUGUCUAUCCCUUUUCUCAAGCAGUUGUCUAUUAACUAUGGCAGAAAGAGGAACAUGAUUUCUGCUUGAGCAGUUUACAGGCUGGUUAUUAAUGUGCUAAUAACAACUUAUUCUGCCUUUGUGGAACUGUACACAGUCUUUCCUUCCUUAAUUGAACUGUAGUUCUCUCUGUUCCUCUAUAGUCUAAGGAAUUUGGAAACAGUGGUUUAGUGUAGAGGUGGAAGAAAUGUGUGAUUUGCUUUUUCAGUUAAAGUAUAAAAAUUAUUUCUUCUUACCCUGGGUGAAGACAUUUAAUUUUUUUUUUAAUAUGUAGGCAGAUAUUCUAGAAGCUGUCAGUCUCUGCUACAUGCAAAAUGUUCUGGUCUUUCUCCAGCUUCCUACUUGAGCAUAUACGGAUGCUGUACAGUCCUGGUUUGCAGGUUUACCGGGAAAGCCCAAGGACCAAUAGUUAUGCCAUCUGCACUGCCCACUUGUCUGGCUUACAUCCAAUGUUAAGACAGUUGAAGGAGUUUGCUUUGCUGCUUCCCUCUUCAGUACUAAGGAGAUUUCAAUUGUCAAGGCCAUGUCAGCCUCUUCAGAAUAGCUGGGCUUUCCUUAAGGAGGAGGUGGCUGGGGGAAAC